AUGAAACUGCCACCCACCACUUGCUUCCCUCUACUUAUACUCGAUCCCCCAUAUGUGUGUAGAGAAGAGAGAGAGAGAGAGAGAGAGAGAGAGAGAGAGAGAGAGAGAGAGAGAGAGAGAGAGAGAGAGAGAGAGAGAGAGAGAGAGAGAGAGAGAGAGAGAGAGAGAGAGAGAGAGAGAGAGAGAGAGAGAGAGAGAGAGAGAGAGAGAGAGAGAGAGAGAGAGAGAGAGAGAGAGAGAGAGAGAGAGAGAGAGAGAGAGAGAGAGAGAGAGAGAGAGAGAGAGAGAGAGAGAGAGAGAGAGAGAGAACAAAAAAUUACCACAUGUAUUGGCCGGGAGGCGGCCACAUUGCUGAGCCUGCCGGCAUACAAGAGCUGUCGCCUUGUCUUGGCGUGCCGGGAUGUCGACAAGCUUGAUCUGGCCUCGCUAGCCUCCGUCCAGCAGUGCUACCGCGAUUUUAUCGCCCACUUUGGCCCUUCAGCCUCUCUCGAUGUUCUCGUGCUCAAUGCCGGGCGAGCCCAUUUCGAGAGUCGUGUGGCACAGCUCACUGCAGAUGGCUUUGAAGUAACGCUUCAGACCAACUUCCUUGGGCACGUGCUCCUGACCGAGCUCCUUCUACCACACUUACGCCGCGCUGCGCAGCCACGACUCGUGUUCCUGUCCUCGAGCCUGCACGACCCGGACAGUCGCAGCCGCUCUUCAGAUGUUCCCACGGUGGCCACAUCAUCAUAUCGAUCUGGGAUUCAAAACACAAAGCCUCCACCUGACGUGGAUCUAGCUACUCUUUUCAGCAUCCAAGACAAAAGCCCGCUUAGUGGCCGAUGGAUCUACCAGACCAGCAAGCUGGCAGGCAUGCUGUAUCUCUAUGCCUUACAACGGCGAGAAGCCGGACAGAGCCCGCUGCGUUGCUGCGCCAUCUCGCCAGGUUUUAUACCACAGACAAAUCUAUUUCGCAAUAGCUCCGCUCUGGUCACGCGCACGGUGCACGAAGGGGGCGUCAUUAUCGCCCGAGUUUGCACAGAUGAUGCCCUGCCCCUGGGCCGUGAGCCUUCUCAUGAUAUGGAAGCUGAGUUGGGCUGCGCACCCACUCAAGGUGCUGGCUAUUUCGUACUCAACAAUGCAAGUCAAGUGGAGGCGGUGUGGUCCUCUGAUCGCUCUUAUCACGCCGCGCUGGCGGAGGAGCUGUACACUGCUGCCCUUGCUCGCUGUGCCCCCUAUCUCUGA